CUUGCAUGCGAAAUACUACGGAAUAUCUACAGGAUUCUUGUCCGAAAUGACUUGCUGCGUGAAGUGUCCCUCAACGAAUAUAUGUCAUGGCCAAUUUGUUUCCCUGUUUAGGAUAUGCUUGAUCAUGAAGCCAUUCUUGUCUGAAUCUUAUUCAUCCCUUUUAUGGGAUACAAUUCUCUUCUGUGCGAGGGACGACUUAAAAUACAAUAUUCGAUGGGAGGCAUGGAAGUCUGUUAAACCGAUGCAAGCGAAUUUCACAUGUGCUCCACUUAACAGAAAAUGAAAUCGACUGGCACAAUAGAUUCCAUAUCAGUCAUUUUCCCCAAGAAUCGAAAGUCGAUGGAUGUUCUGAAGUGCCUGGGCGGAGCAGCUCCGUUCCGCAAUGUCGAUGGACAGACAGGUAUUGAGCAUGGUUAUCUUUUAGAAUAGUGACAUAUCUCAAUGAAUGAAUUCAUGCGAAUUCGAAUCGGCGAGGGCUCACACGAAGAUCUUUCAUAAAUUCUCGAUAGAAAAUUACAUUGGUCAACAUCUUUUAAAGAGUUCAUUCGCACAUUGCAGGUCGCUCCAGGAAGUAUGAUCCCUCGGAAAACACUUAUGUAUAAGCGGUAAAGGAAGGGACUUCGUUGAAACCGAUUGAAAUACCCAAAAGUAACUUGGACCCUGGUGAAGCAGAUGCGCCUGGAGCUGCGUAAGAGCAAUCCCGACGUCGAUCGACUUCCCUCAUGCGAGACGACUGAUCCUGCCAAAUAAUUUAAAUUUAAGAACUCUGCCAGGGUAGAACUUCACGGAUUCGAUGGAUGCAUUGGAUAAGCUCCGCGCCGUGGUGUGGAAGGAGGAGUUUUGGUUGCCGAGGAAUGUGACAUGGAAUGACAUGAAGUCACAACCGGGAAGGCCGAUGCCGGAAUACCAGGAUCUGCUCUACGUCCUUCCCAUCACAGCCACUUUCGUCCUCUUUCGGGUCUUCCUAGAAUCGUUCAUCAUGGAACCCCUGGCUAGAGCAAAGGUAGAACAGGUCGGUGCCUUCCGCCAGUAUGGGAUGGUGAAGGGCGAUGGACACGUUCACACCGGAACUCCAACUGCAGACAGAAAUGUGAUCCAAAAGAAAAAGGAUGACCUCAUGAGAGAGAAGGCACUUCUCGAAGUCCGGAAAAUUAGGGAGACUGGCUAUAAGUCCGUGCUACACAGCAUUCUCUUCCUGUACGGGAUAUGGACGAUGGCGGACAAGCCAUGGCUGAGGAACACACGGCUGUGCUUCGUGAACGUCCCGUUUCACGGGGUACCAUGGGAUGUGUGGUGGUAUUACAUACUGCUGCUGGCAUUCUACGUGACCCAGUUAGUCAUGUUGCCGUUCGACGUGAAGAGGAAUGACUACCUUGCGCAGACAACCCACCACGUGGUCACCAUCGGUCUCAUGGUGGGAUCCUGGAUCAGCAAUGCCACCAGGAUUGGAUCCAUCGUGCUUAUCGUCCACGAGUGCGCUGAUGUCAUGCUUCAGUGCGGGAAACUACUGAAAUAUUUCAAGAAACCUGAUCCGAACGACAUCGUCGGAAAGGUCUUCGUGAUCUUCUCAGCAACUUGGAUCCUAACCAGAGUCAUCUAUUUCCCAGUAUUCAUCAGCAUCCCAACCACUGAAGCUGUUCUGGAUCCAGACCGACUUGGAGGCUGCUUCAUCUUCAAGGCCCUCGCCGUACUGCUUUGGAUCCUGUUCAUUCUUCAUCUCUACUGGACUACCUUGCUCAUUCGAGCGAUUUACAAUAUUACCUUCAAAAAGAAGAAACUGCACGACAACCGGAGUGGAGACGAAGAAUCCGACGAAGACGACGUCGAUGAAAAGAAAUCAAAAUAAGAUUCGCGGCAAUCCCUUUGAAUCGUUACAAUUGUUUGAUGAACUUAUGCAAAUGUUGUAAGCUUGAAAAUCUACAACGGUUUAAGCACCGACGGGUAAUCCGAGCUCAAUCACUGUUAGAAACCUCAUGAUGCAAUUGAUGGAUUGAUCAUUGAUGUGCUUCAAAACAUGCCUGUUGCAUUAAAGUACUUUUUAAGAUAAAUAGUCCGAUGUUACACCUGAUACCCGCAAGAAAUCACCUUCCCAUUAGGGCACAGACAGAGAAAAUAUUCAUGUAGAUGAGUCGAGCUUGAAGAAAUUCGAAACAUGUCGUCAUAUUUCUCCUGCAUUUCUCUCUCUGUGACAAACAAUCCAAGCGUCCC